AUGACUAAAAACUACAUUUUAAAAAGGCCUCACCUUGUCUACGUGGCGAGACCUCCCCUUCUCUACGUGGCGAGGCCUCCCCUUCUCUACGUGGCGAGGCCACCCCUUCUCUACGUGGCCAGGCCUCCCCUUCUCUACGUGGCGAGGCCUCCCCUUGUCUACGUGGCGAGGCCUCCCCUUCUCUACGUGGCCAGGCCUCCCCUUCUCUAUGUGGCCAGGCCUCCCCUUCUCUACGUGGCGACGCCUCCCCUUCUCUACGUGGCCAGGCCUCCCCUUCUCUACGUGGCCAGGCCUCCCCUUCUCUACGUGGCGACGCCUCCCCUUCUCUAUGUGGCCAGGCCUCCCCUUGUCUACGUGGCCAGGCCUCCCCGUGUCUACGUGGCCAGGCCUCCCCUUCCCUACGUGGCCAGGCCUCCCCUUCCCUACGUGGCCAGGCCUCCCCUUCCCUACGUGGCGACGCCUCCUCUUCUCUACGUGGCCAGGCCUCCCCUUGUCUACAUGGCCAGGCCUCCCCGUGUCUACGUGGCGAGGCCUCCCCUUCCCUACGUGGCGAGGCCUCCCCUUCCCUACGUGGCGAGGCCUCCCCUUCUCUACGUGGCGAGGCCUCCCCUUCCCUACGUGGCGAGGCCUCCCCUUCACUACGUGGCGAGGCCUCCCCUUCUCUACGUGGCGAGGCCUCCCCUUCUCUACGUGGCGAGGUCUCCCCUUCUCUCCGUGGCGAGGCCUCCCCUUCUCUCCGUGGCGAGGCCUCCCCUUGUCUACGUGGCGAGGCCUCCCCUUGUCUACGUGGCAAGGCCUCCCCUUCUCUACGUGGCGAGGCCUCCUCCGGUCUAUCACUCAUUCCCUCUUGCUACUCGGACCCCUCUGCCACUUGACUGA